AAUUACAGUCUAUUUAUGCCUCUUUACGCAUACAUCUAAUAUAAAAGACACAAUGCAAGCAUUCAAAUACAGUCCCUGGUGACGAGAAAUUUUGAAGAUUUUAAUGAGGUUCAUAAAUAAACGCUGAAUGACUGCGGUACGCAAUAAAUGAAAACAUAAGACAGCUUGGAUUUUAAAUUUUUGAAAAGUGAAAAUAAUGUUUUAAAAUACGUAAGAUUUGUUAAAUACCCGAAUUACUGUCUACUUACUGGAAACAUAACGCUUUUAUUUAUAAAGUUGAAAAAAAAGUGACACGGAUAUUUUUGAGCGGCCACGUACCGGAAGUAGAAAAGAAAUGGAAACGGGAGCACUAUAAAGGAGUUGAUUUAGAAGAAGGACAAGUCUGAAAUUUUAACAAAGAUGACCGACAGCGAUUUAUCUAAAGAGAUUACUCUAGACAUUAAAGAGUCAAGGACGGAUAGUAAAGCUUCAGGCCGGGAACCAGAAAUUCCCUUCGAUAAAUCUACAUCCGGGUUCUCCACGGACGACACAAGCACUAUUGGACCAUCUCGGCCAGAAAGUUCUGUAGAAUAUCUAAUGACUGCUCAGGAAAUUCAGGAACUUGAUAACAGAUUAGAAGAGGUGGUAGACAGAUUACAACGUCAAAGAGAAGACUACGAGAAAUGGGAGAAUGGUUUAAACAAACGUAGACUAGAAGCGUAUGGUAAAUUAAAAGCUCUUGGAAAAUUUCAUAGACAACGUAUGGAAGUGUAUGACACCGUGAAAGAGUAUUUACAAACUAUGAAUGCUAGCGGUCAUAGUAGAUCUUCAAAGAAAUGAAUAAUUUUGAAAUUAAUUUUGUGUUGUACUAUGAUAUUAAAAACAUACUGCAUAAUAUAUAUAAAGUGUUUACUAUAGUAUACAUGUUUUUGAGUAAAAAUGUCUAAAUUGCACAAAAAUGUUAAUACUUUAAUAUAAAUGUCUGUAUGUGAAUUUAAUUGUAAAUUAUAAUUGUCAAUUUAAAUC